CGGUUUCUCUCUCCAUCUGUAUAUUUCAAGACAGAUUAACCAGCCACAGUCAGCUCUCUCUCUCUCUCUCUGUCCCACCCCCUAUACAGGGACAGACGUUCCCCUCCCUCCCUCUCUCUCUCUCUCCUCUCUCUGUUGUCAGUGAAACGGAGAAGGAAAUGUCGUCUUUACAUUUACCAAGAGUAAUUAGUCAACGAGGAAAGACUGCCGUGGAAGUUGAGAGGGAGAACUUCGAGAAAGCCCAGUCAAUUGCUAUCAACAAAGCUAUCAAUUCAAAUGUACAUCCAGUCAAGGAAAAACAUGUGCGAAGUGCCAUACUCGGAACGUUUCAUGAAAGCGGUGCCGGUGUCUUUUGGGCGACCACAUCUAAACUUCCACUUCAAGGAAAUGCCAUUAUUUGCUGGAAGUUUCUCCAUGUCCUGCACAAGCUGCUCCGGGAAGGACAUGCUAAUGUUAUUUUGGAUUCCCAGAAAUACAUUUCUUUGUUGAAGGACAUUGGAAAAUUAUGGGGUCACCUAAAGGAUGGAUACGGACGGCUGAUAGCUGCGUAUACGAAGCUUCUAAUUCAGAAACUCUCUUUCCACAAAAAGAAUCCUAGAAUUCCUGGAAGCUUGACCAUGACAGACGAACAAUUCAAUAAGAUUUUUGGAGCUGAUGUAAAUAACUAUUUUGAAGUGUCAUGUGACAUGCUUGACUACCUGGAUGAGAUCCUUGUGUUGCAGGAAGCAGUAUUUGGCUCACUAGACAUGUCUCGGUCAAACUCUAUGACCAACUCAGGCCAGUGUCGACUCGCUCCACUCAUACCCUGUAUACUUGACUCAUGCCAGCUCUAUGACUAUUUGGUGAAGUCACUCUUCAAGCUUCACUCAAGUCUACCGCCAGAUACACUUUCUGGACAUAGAGAUCGAUUCCUUGCGGGAUACAGGCAUUUGAAACAGUUUUAUCACCAAAGUGGGACCCUGCAGUAUUUCAAGAACUUGGUUCAAGUCCCUCUUCUACCAGAUGUAAGGAUCUCAAUCUUGAUUUUUUGUCUGCCAUUUGUUUCAGUCAUUGGGCUGCGGCCAUGCUGGGGCAGUGCCUUCAACAGUUCUAAAACAGACAAAUUUGAUGAAACUUUUGGUGAAGGCAGUAUGGAUAGUUUUAAUUUCAAUGGACAACCACAGAUUGAUGAAAGAGAUAUGAUAAUAGAGCAACUCCACAAAGAAAUUCAACAACUCCGGGAGGAAAUCGAGAGGCUGCAAACAGAGGCACAAAUGAAAAUUCAGCCCCUGCUGGAGGAGAAGGAGCAACUAAAUAAGAUCCUAACAGAGUUACAGCUAACCCUUGAUAAUACUUUGAAGGAAAACGAGCUAAUCAAGAAAGAACUCGAGGAAAUGAAGACGAACUUACCAGCAGCAGAUAAACUAAACGAUUCUGAGAAAUUGGUGAAAGCAAACGAAGAAAAAUUCAAGAAGAUGAAGGAUAUUUAUGGCAAACUACGAGAGGAACAUGUCACCCUGUUGAGAGUCCAUGCGGAAGUAAGCAAACAGUUGAAAGACGAAAAGAAAUUAACAGAAGAAAAAGACAUGUUAUUAAAGAAGACAAACAGUGAGCUGGACAGUGUCCGUGAAGAGCAGAAACAGCUUGAGGUGACCACCCAGGCCAAGGCUGACCAAGUCUCCCUCCAGCUGCAAUCUUCCACUCAGCAACGUUCACAACUGGAGAAAUCUUGUCAGGAGUUAACCAAGGAAAUCGAAUUAAUCAAAGCCCAGAAGCUGCAGCUGGAGACGGAUCUUAAAGAUGUCCGUUCAAGCAGCAUCGCACUGGAGGAAAGCCUGCAGGCGACGAAAGCCGAGAAAGAUGAAACGGCGGAGAAACUGCAGAAGCAAGUGAGCUGUUUGCAGAAUGAAUUGGAAGAGAAAACUAAAGAGAUGGUGGUUGCCAAGGAAACAUUGAAGAAGGAAAUGGAAGUGGUUGAAACGCAACUGAAGAGCAGCCAAGGUACACAGCAGACAGCAGAGGAGAAUUAUACGAAAAAUAAAGAGGAGAUGGAGAGGAAAUAUGAAGAGUUAUUGACAGAGAAAAAAACCAGUGACAAUGAACAUGAAGCAGCCCUCAACAAACUCUACCAAUUACUUCUGGAAAGCUGUGUCAAGCAAUGCAACUCCAUUCUCUUGGAUGCCACAGAACAAUCAGACAAUCUUCUCCACCUGACUGUAGGUUGCUCAGCAGAUUAUUUAUUGGACCGAAUAUUACCUGUUUACGAGUGUUUGGAGAAAUUAGGGAACUCGUUUCAGAAUUACAAAUCUAAUCCAAUUUCUAUUCAAGACUUAAUCACUUCAAUGGUUGAUUUUUCUCACCGACUUUCCGACUCAGUCCAGUAUGGUUUAGCAACGUCUCACUCGGCCCAGCUGAGUGCUGGUGAAGAAUUAAACAUGACUUGUAAGAACACAAUUGAAGAAAGUAUGAAAGCCUUAACCCAAGUAGAGAAAGAUGAGAACUCUGUGUUGGCGCAGUUUGAUGUAGUCUUAGAAAAUGUCAAGAAGAUGCAGUCUUGUGCUGAGACGCUGUUGCCAAAGAUUGCCGAUGUGAAAGACAAGGAGAUUGGAGACAUGGUUGAAUCAGAGAUGCAACUCACUACAAGCGCCAUCGAUCUUGCAGCCAGUAAAAUUGAGGAAAUGUUGAAGAAAACGCAGGAAGACUCAACUGGUUUAAAUCUGGAGGUCAACGAAAGUAUUCUUGAUGCAUGCACAGGCCUGAUGCAGGCUAUAAAAGUGCUUGUUGAGAAAUCUCGAGAUUUACAAAAAGAAAUCGUUGCCCAAGGACGGGGUGCCUCAUCAGCCAAAGAGUUUUACAACAAACACCAUCGCUGGACUGAGGGACUCCUCUCAGCUGCCAAGGCUGUCGGAUGGGGAGCUACUGCCACCAUGGAGGCUGCUGAUAAAGUUGUCCAGGGUGAAGGUAAAUUUGAGGAACUAAUUGUGUAUUCCAAAGAGAUUGCUGCCAGUACAAUCCAGUUGGUGGUUGCUUCGAAGGUCAAAGCUGACCGCAACAGCAAACAUCUCUCAGAACUGACCGAUGCCUCAAAGAAGGUCAACCAAGCGGCCGGAAAAGUGAUUGGUUCAGCUAAAACAGGGGCAAACGCUAUCGAAGAACGAAGUUUAAUGGACUUUUCCAGUCUAAACUUACAUCAGACCAAAAAGCAGGAAAUGCAGAUAAAGGUGUUGAUUCUUGAGAUGGAGAAGGACUUGAAGAAUGAGUAUGAGAAACUAAACAACAUUCGCAAACACCAUUACCAGCUGGCUGGUGAGAGUGAAGGCUGGGAUGUUGAAGAGGAACUUGAUGUCAUAGAGAAACAAGACCAGUCUGACACAGAGCAGUGGCUGCAGAUGUGUGAUAGCGACGGCGGUGGGGGCACCCUUGACCUGCGGCUACCAGACUCCAGUCUGGCACACUCGGGUACAGAUGCCGUGAGCUCCGACCACUAACACAUACGCAUAUAUAUAUAUACAUACACAGACACACGGACACUCCAUAGCCGUUACUACUACUACUACCACCACCACUACUACUACUACUACUACUUGUGGUACUGCAUCUGAUUUCUUGCUUGUUUCUUUUGUUCUUCUUUGGGCGUUCGGAUAACAAGAGCUGAACCCUGACAAUGUCCUCACCAUUUGUACAGAAGAGAAGCCUAAUAUUACUGUGGAUGUGUGUAUAUAAGUGUAAAUGGAUGGGUGAGUGCAUACAUAAGUGUGUGUGUGUGUGUGUGUGUAUAUAUAUAUAUAUAUAUAGAUAGAGUGUGUAUACACAUAUGUAUUCAUAUAUGCAUGCAUACAUAUGUAUUUGUACAUGUGCAUACAUAUGUUUGCAUAUAUAUAUAUAUGUAUAUAUACGUAUAUAUGUACGUGUGUGUGUGUGUGUGUAUAUAUAUAUAUAUAUAUAUAUAUAUAUAUAUAUAUAUAUAUAUAUAUAUAUAUAUGUGUGUGUGGGUGUAUAAUAAGCAGCUGUAUAUAGAAUGAUGAGCAUCUUUGGUUAGAAGCAGAGUCAAGGAAGAGUCUUUGUUUUUCUGUGACUCUCAACUCAGAUUGGUUCGGGUGGCAGCAGGAGGCGACAACAACAAGAACUGCAUCAGCCAUGGCAACAACAACAACAACAACAACAAUCAUAAGCAGCAGCAGCAAAUUCUUGAACAAGUGACUCACUCACACCUUACUCUCUCUCUCUCUCUCUUCUGCGUAUUGCACUCACACACUCCACUGCUGCCACUCUGACCACCACCCUUCUUCUCUGAUGAUGCAGAAUCAACCUGAAAAACAAUCAACAUGUCUUUGUGUGGUGGCUGGGAUGGUAGCCGUUGGAUUUCUGCAAAAUGUCAUCACUGCCGCCAUCGAGGGAUCCUGUACGUGGUCACACAACCCGUUAGUGAUAGCAGCCCACACUCCCUCAAAUCACACACCCUGCUGUCAUAAAGGAAACAGAUGGCUAUAUUGAACAAUGUGGUGGUCUCUCUCACCAAUAGAUGUGAUGGUCAUGACUGGAUCAGGGUUAUUUGAUCCCCACCACCACCACUACUAUCAAUGUGUGUCGAGGCCCUGAGAAGUUGUGUCCUUCCUGCCUUAUAACAAGCAACCUUUUUUUUUUCACUUCAUUCUUGCUAAACAGACCAGCAUGAUUGUCACAACAUCC